GUCGCAAUUAAGUAGAGUAGAUCGCCCACAUGUACCUACCUAUAAUAAAUAAAGAUAGGAUUGUUAUCUUUUUUAUAAACUUGAUAGAAGAUUAUUUUCAAAUGUCACAUUACGUAUCGAUAUGAUAUUAAACUCGAGUUAGUGACAAGGUAAUCCUUCCCAGAAUAGGAACAAUAGUUCAGAAAUUUUCUUUCGAAAACAUAAAAAUGCCGAUUCGGCCCUUGUGUCCUGAACUAGCGGAGAAGGCUCGGGCGGAGCUGAACGAGGACUCAAACAGGAUUGACAAGGAUCUGCAACAUAUUAAGGACUGGCUGGCUAAGCAGCCGCAUAUUCGCGCUAGAACAGAUGACCAAUGGCUUGUAGCAUUUUUGCGUGGAUGCAAAUUUAGUCUAGAAAGAACUAAAGAAAAGUUGGAUUUGUAUUAUUCUUUACAUACACUUGCACCGGAACUCUUUAGGAUUACGCCUAAGGACGCUCUUUUUACUGAUAUUAUAAAUUUAGGGACAUACUUCAUGCUGCCAAAACCUGCGACGCCUACUUCUCCAAUGGUCACAAUUGUAAGGCCGGGCACUUAUGAUCCACAGAAGUACAAUAUAUACGAUAUAUUCUCUGUGUCUAUAGUGAUACAAAAUAUGCUGUUAGUGGACAACGACACUAUGGCCGUAGCUGGAGUUCGAACUAUUUUGGAUUUGGAGGGUGUAACAAUGCCCCAUUUCUUCCAAAUGACACCAGGGGUGAUAAAAAGGAUGACUGUUCUUGCACAGGACGCUUUGCCAGUGCGACUGAAAGGUACCCACUAUAUAAAUACGCCGCCUGGUUUUGAAACCUUAUUUAAUGCAAUCAAAAAUUUGCUCAACGAAAAGAACAAGUCUCGACUAUAUGUGCAUAAUAAAAAUUACGAAGAAUUAUAUAAAUACAUACCUCAAGAGACUUUGCCAGCAGAAUAUGGCGGCAAUGCUGGCACCAUCAAAGAAAUAAGUGAAUAUUGGAAAAAGAAAAUACAAGACUAUAGUUCUUGGUUAGAAGAAGGCUCUAAAUAUGGUACAGAUGAGUCAAAGCGCCCUGGCAAGCCCAACACUGCUGAAACCCUAUUUGGUCUUGAAGGUUCCUUCCGACAACUGGAUUUUGAUCUGGGCAAAACUCGAAUGAUGCCAGUCCGACCAUUAACUCCGGUGUUGGCGGAGAAGGCCAGAAUAGAAUUAUUUGAAGACCCCAAAACACUAGAAGAAAAUAUUCGGCAUUUGGAACAAUGGAUUUUGAAACAACCUCAUUUGAGAGCUAGAACAGAUGAGCAAUGGUUAGUCGCAUUUUUGAGAGGAUGUAAACACAGACUUGAACAAACCAAAGCUAAACUAGACCUUUACUACUCGUUUAGAAGUACGGCGCCGUACUUAUACAGCGUUAAAUAUUUUGAGCCUAAGUUUAUGGAUAUUAUUAACUUAGGAGCUGGAUUAAUUUUGCGACAAACAAAAAACCCAACGGAUCCGAGAGUUAUUUUAUAUAGGAUUGGUCAAUACGACACGAAGGAAUAUAGUGCUCUAGACAUUAUGGCAGUCCUUGCCCUUCAACAACAGAUAUGCUUCAUAGAGGACGAUAAUCUAGUAGUAUCAGGCAUUAUCUCCGUGGUAGAUUUAGGCGGUACAAGGUGGAGUCAUUAUACGCAGACAACGCCUAGACAGCUCAAAAAUUUGAUUCAAGCAACUCAGGAUGCUAUGCCAAUAAGAAUAAAAAGAAUACAUUUUUUAAAUACUCCACGCUUUUUUGAAACUUUUUUUAAUUUUCUCAAGAGAUUCCUCAGCGAAAAACUUAAAAACAGGGUAAUGAUACAUAACAAAAAUAUUGAAACAUUACAUGAACAUGUAGCCAAAGAAAUACUACCACCAGAAUACGGCGGAUGUGGUGACAGUAUCCAAAAAAAUAUAGCCUAUUGGAAAAAGAAAGUGCGGAAUUACAAUUCUUUCCUAGAAGAGGACCUGAAAUAUGGUACUGAUGAAUCCAAACGCGCGGGAAAAUCGCAAGAAGUUCCAGCCGUAGACGAGCCUUUUAGACGAUUAGAACUAAUAGUAAUAUCAAUGAUACGCAAACUGAGUCCAGAGCUGGCUGAAAUAGCCAAAAAUGAGCUGAACGAGAAUCCUCACGAAGUGGAAAAUGACAUAAGAAAGUUAAAGGAAUGGAUUUCGAAACAAGUUCAUUUGAAAGCGAGAACAGAUGACCAGUGGCUCAUUGCGAUACUUCGAGGAUGUAAGUUUAGUUUAGAACGGACGAAAGCUAAACUGGAUUUAUUUUAUACUUUGCGAACCACAGCCCCAGAAGUCACAUUGAGGCUUAAGCCAACCGAAGCGAGCUUUAUGGAAUUUUUGAGGCUAGGGACUUGCGUUAUUCUGCGACAACCGAAAGAUGCUUUACAUCCUUAUAUCAUCCUAAUACGAGCAGGAGAGUACGACCCACAGAAAAAUAAUGUUGCGGAUAUCAUGUGCAUUCUAUAUUAUUUAGUACAGAUUUUAGUUAUGGAAAGUGAUACUGCAACAGUGAUGGGAACUAUGAUAGUAGUCGAUUAUAAAAAGGUAACUCUCAAUCAUCUGGUGCAGGCUAGUCCAAGCUUAUUGAAGAAACUUGUCGCCGUUAGUCAGGAUUCCUUGCCACUCCGUUUGAAAGGCAGUCAUCAUGUCAAUGUGCCAGCCGGGAUAGAAAUAAUUUUUAAGCUUGUCUCUGGAUUUUUGGGCAAAAAAGCUAGACAAAGAUUACGAAUAUACAAGUCUAACGAGGAGCUGGUGGGAACAUUACCAAAAGAAGUUAUACCAGUAGAAUAUGGCGGUAGCGGUGGCACAGUAAAUGAAUUAAUAGACUACUGGGCCAAUAAAAUUCAAGAAUACAAGCCAUGGUUGGAACAAGAGAUGCAGUUCGGCACGGAUGAGUCCAAACGAAACAGUAAAGCUAGUAAAGAUCAUGAACAGGGCGAUGAAGGAUCUUUUCGCAAGCUAGACAUUGAUUGAUUUAUUGAUUUUUUAUUAUAUAUAAAUAAAAUUUUAUUAAAC